UCUUUCUCUCCAAACCCAUAUAAAAUGCCUCUCACUCAUAAAUUUUCUUUCUUUACUUUCGUUCUCUAUAACUCCUCUCUCAACCACCACUCACGGUGGCUCAGCCACCGGUAACCACCACACAUGGUGGCGUUAUAAAUACUAGUAUAUAUCUUUGUCUCUAUUCUCCUUUUUUUAAAAAAAAAAAUCUUUUCUUUUUUCUUUAACUCUCAUUGAAGAGUCCGCCUUGUGUCCUUCAUGCUUCUUCUGUGGUAGCUUUUAUUGUUCUUGCCUCCCUCUCUCUCUCUAUCUCUCUCUCCUCUCAUUUCUCUCUCUACCAAUUCUCACUCUUUAUAUAUAUAUACAUAUUUUUUUUUCAUUUUGGCUCCAAUAAAAUCAAUCACAAACUCCAUUUCCUCUCAUUGAUUUGAUUCAUUUCAAUGGCUGUUCAAGCUCAAUACCCUUCCAAUGUCCUCCUUCUUAACAGAAAUAUUCAAGAUGCUGAGCAUGAUUAUUCAUUACAACCUCAACCUGGUGGAGGAGGAGGAAUUCUUCAACAGUCUCAUGCUCUGUUCAACAAUGGAGGUGGGAAUCAUUUGAGUAAUUUAAGGAAAAGAGGAAGAGAUAACUCUGUUUCAGUUUCACCUCCCACAAUCAAUCCUCUCUGUUUUCAACCUCAGAUUAUUGAUCUUUCUCAACUUCAUAACCAUCACCAUCCUUCCAAUGUCGUUUCUACCGGACUCAGAUUGUCCUCCGGUGACCAACCACUUAACCUUUACCAUCAUCCACCGCCGCCUCCGUCGUCGCAGAAUCAUGCCAGUCUUGUUUCUCUCUCUUCCUCUGUUUUUAUCUCCGACGAUUUUUCCUCUCAAAUCAAACAACACCGUGAAGAAAUUGACCAAUUCCUUCAAACCCAGGAGGAAGAGCUGCGGAGGACGCUGGCGGAGAAACGGCAGAGGCAUUACCGGGAGCUACUGGCUGCAGCGGAGGAGAGGGCGGUAAGGAGGUUGAGAGAGAAGGAAGUGGAAGUGGAGAAGGCUACACGACGACACGCGGAGUUGGAAGCACGUGCCGCCAGAUUGAGCAUGGAGGCGGCGGCGUGGCAAGAGAAGGCUAGGGCGGAGGAGGCGGCGGCUGCGGCGCUGCAGGCUCAACUGCAACAAGCGAUAAUGAGGGGCACCGGAAUAGGUGGGAGCGGAGAUGGUGGUGUAGUAGGAGAUUGCACGGCGGAAGAUGCUGAGUCAGGUUACAUUGACCCAGAGCGAGUACUGGCCGAGUCAGGACCGAGUUGCAAAUCGUGCCGGAAGCGAGUCGCGUCGGUGGUUUUGUUGCCGUGUCGGCAUUUCUGCGUUUGUUCGGUUUGUGAUCACGUGGUUCGCACGUGCCCGCUUUGUCGGGCCUCGAGAAAUUCAAGUGUUGAAGUUUAUCUCUCGUGAAGCCCAUUGGGCUCAUGGCCCAUUUCUCACUCCCCCAGGCCCAAUGGUAAAACCCCAAAAAAUACCCCCAAAAAAAACUUUUUAUUUAAAAAAGAAAAAAAAAGAAAAAAAUUACACAACACCACAUUUUGUUUUUGGUUUUUCUUUUUCUGGAAAUACAUUUUGAUACCUGGAGGUGUAAAUGGUCAUACUGAUGUUGCCAUUGUUUUUCU